GACAGAACUGAAGGAAGAACACAUUUUCAGCUCGCUAUAAGCUGCCCAGCCCUUGAUAUUAUCAGAAAAGAAAGGAAAAAUAGGGAGACCACAUCAUCGCCAUCCUCUUUCCCUCCUUAUGUUCUCCUAGCUCUACAUCCACCAUUCCAUCCUCCUCUUCCCUUCAAGUCUCACCAACAAGGCUUGAAGGGAGGAAAGCAAAAGCGAAGUCCACAAAGCAAAGAUGGCGAUCUGCAGCGCGCACACCACCACCUCCCUACACUCCCCAUGCACAACCGUCUCAAACACAGGCUUCAGGCAGAAGCGAGUCAUCUUCUUCACCAGCAACAGAAGAAGUGGCAGAAGGCACGGAGGAGGAAGAACCUUUCACGUUUCAUGCUCCGUCGACAAGCCAGUGGUGAUUGGACUGGCGGCCGACUCAGGAUGUGGGAAGAGCACCUUCAUGCGCCGGCUCACCAGUGUGUUUGGUGGUGCUGCAGAGCCACCCAAAGGCGGGAACCCAGACUCCAACACACUCAUCAGUGACACGACAACAGUGAUAUGCCUUGAUGACUACCAUUCCUUGGACAGAACUGGGAGGAAGGAGAAAGGAGUGACUGCCCUCGACCCAAGGGCGAAUAACUUUGAUCUCAUGUAUGAACAGGUGAAGGCAAUCAAAGAAGGACAGGCAAUUGAGAAGCCAAUCUACAACCAUGUCACUGGCCUCCUCGACCCACCAGAGCUCAUCCAGCCACCCAAGAUUUUUGUCAUUGAAGGUUUGCACCCAAUGUUCGAUGAACGCGUGAGGGACCUCCUAGAUUUCAGCAUCUACUUAGACAUCAGCGAUGAGGUUAAGUUUGCAUGGAAAAUUCAGCGGGACAUGGCAGAGCGCGGGCACAGCCUAGAAAGCAUCAAGGCUAGUAUUGAGGCCAGGAAACCAGAUUUUGAUGCCUAUAUUGAUCCACAGAAGCAAUACGCUGAUGCUGUGAUUGAAGUUCUGCCAACCCAGCUGAUUCCUGAUGACAAUGAAGGAAAGGUGCUGCGUGUUAAAUUGAUCCAGAAAGAAGGCGUGGAGAAAUUCAACCCAGUUUACCUCUUUGAUGAAGGAUCAAGCAUAAGUUGGGUCCCUUGUGGAAGAAAGCUCACGUGCUCUUACCCUGGCAUCAAAUUUGCCUAUGGCCCAGACACUUACUUCGGCCAUGAGGUAUCAGUGUUGGAAAUGGAUGGGCAAUUUGACAGACUAGAUGAACUCAUAUAUGUGGAAAGCCAUCUAAGCAACCUCUCAACCAAGUUCUAUGGCGAGGUGACACAGCAAAUGCUGAAGCAUGCAGAUUUCCCAGGAAGCAACAAUGGAACAGGUCUCUUCCAGACCAUCAUUGGACUGAAGAUUAGAGAUCUCUAUGAGCAGAUCAUUGCUGAGAGGGCUGGCACACCCGCUGAAGCAGCAAAAGUUUAAUGACUGCCACAUUCAGACUUCCUAUACCUCUUCAAACUCAAUGAGAAUGAGAAUCCUCACAUUUCUUGUAAUUAGUUCGGAAAUAUCACAGCUAGCAGAAGGUAGAAAUGUCAUUGCAGAACUCAGGAAAAUAUGCAAUGGAGUUUCUGGAAAUCCCUCUCCAUGGGGGUGUUCUUCACAUGUUUAAAUGUACAUCUUCUUGCAUGCUUCAAUGCAGAAAGAAUUACAACUGCCUGCUACUAUCAAGAGUAGGUGUUUCUUUUA